GGGGUUUUGGGUUCCGGCUUCCUGGUUCCGGGUUCCGGCAGGGCACGGGGGGCCGGCAAGCGGGAGCUGCCAGGGCGGCGGCGGAGCAGGGCCAUGGAGAAGCUGCGGCGGGUCCUAAGCGGCCAGGACGACGAGGAGCAGGGCCUCACGGCGCAGGUCCUGGAUGCCUCGUCCCUUAGUUUCAACACCAGGUUGAAGUGGUUUGCGAUCUGCUUCGUGUGCGGCAUUCUCUUCUCUAUCCUUGGAACUGGAUUACUGUGGCUUCCCGGGGGCAUCAAGCUUUUCGCAGUGUUUUACACGCUCGGAAACAUCGCCGCGCUGGCCAGUACGUGCUUUUUAAUGGGACCCGUGAAGCAGCUGAAGAAAAUGUUUGAAACGACAAGAUUGCUUGCAACAAUCAUCAUGCUUUUGUGUUUCAUACUUACAUUGUGCGCUGCUCUUUGGUGGCACAAGAAGGGCCUGGCCUUGUUGUUCUGCAUAUUGCAGUUCUUGUCGAUGACCUGGUACAGCCUGUCGUACAUCCCGUAUGCAAGGGAUGCGGUAAUUAAAUGCUGCUCUUCUCUCUUAAGUUGAAAAUGAGAAAUUCUUUGAAAAGAGCAUUGGAAGGACUGAUGUUGUGUUUUUGGUGAAGUACGCCUUUCCCGAUGCAGUAAUCACUCCCCCUACAGCUGCCGUGACCAUCGUGACCGUUUUGUGUGCUGGCGGAAAGGCCACGCUUGAUUAAACUGUUAAACACUCGUAACGUGAAAUUCAUGAUGUGUCGCUAACAUGCUCUCCCCGCAGAUUAGGAGCUUUUAAUCUCUGCCAAUUGUAAAUGAUUUUUGUCCCUGGUUUUUUAACCUUUUCUAAGCAGCAUCUAAGAUGUGAAUAUUUAAGACUGUGCCGCAAGCUCUUUUAAAAAUGUCUGUUUUUAAAGUAUCUUUUUUUUAAAAAACACCUUAAAUGUGAAAGUUUUUACUUUAAGCUAAAAAUUGCUUAUCAUAUGUAAUAAAAUAAUAUAUAAAUCUUGACAAUUUUGAAAUAAAUCCACACUUGGACAAAGAA